UUAAGGACAAACAAGAACAAAAUGAACACUAUACUAUUUUGGUUGAUACUUUCCACUCCUGCCUGGACCCUCACUGAUGGAUCUGAGAAGGACCAGGAUUUCACGUGGCACUUGAGAAAAAUGCCCAGGGUGGUCAGUGAGAGGACUUUGCAUCUCGCCAGCCCAUCCUUUGCGGCAGAUGCUAAGAUGGAGUUGCACAGUGUGUGUGGCAUUGAAUGCCAGAAAGAACUCCCAGCUCCCAGCCUUUCUGAACUAGAGGCUUCCCUUUCCUAUGAGACUGUCUUUGAGAAUGGCACUCGGACCUUGACCACAGUGAAAGUUCAGGAUUUGGUCCUUGAGUCGGCUCACAAUUCCACCACCAAAGGAGCCCCUACGCGGAGCAAGAGACAGGUGUUUGGCACAGACAGCAGGUUCAGUAUCUUGGACAAAAGAUUCGUAACUAAUUUCCCUUUCAGCACGGCUGUGAAGCUCUCCACGGGCUGUAGUGGCAUUCUGGUCUCCCCUAAGCAUGUCCUCACCGCGGCCCACUGCGUUCACGAUGGAAGAGACUACAUCAGAGGGAGCAGAAAGCUCAGGGUGGGGCUGCUGAAGAUGAGAAACAAAGGGGGCCGCAAGAGACGUGGGGGGUCAAAGAGGAGCAGGAGAGAAGGCCCCCGCGACGACCACAAAGAGAACUCAGGGGAGAGAGCCCAGGGUGGCAGGAGGAGACAAGGUCGUGGCCAAGGUCAGAGAGCCCCCGGGGGCAGGCCCUCCUUCCAGUGGACCCGGGUCAAGAACACCCACCUUCCCCGAGGCUGGACCCGUGGGGCGCGGGGGGCCGCCGCCUUGGACUAUGACUACGCUCUCCUCGAGCUGAAACGGGCCCACAAAAAGACGCACAUGGAACUAGGGAUCAGUCCGAGCAUCAGGAAGAUGCCGGGUGGGAUGAUCCACUUCUCAGGAUUUGAUAACGACCGAGAAGAUCAGUUGGUCUAUCGGUUCUGCAGCGUGUCGGACGAGUCAGCCGAGCUCUUCUAUCAAUAUUGCGAUGCGGAGCUGGGCUCCACCGGCUCUGGGGUCUACCUGCGUCUGAAGGAGGCGGCGGACAAGAAGACUUGGACGCGCAAAGUCAUUGCGGUCUACUCGGGCCACCAGUGGGCGGACGUCCACGGGGCUCAGAAGGAUUACAACGUGGCCGUGCGCAUCACGCCUCUCAAGUACGCUCAGAUUUGCUUCUGGAUUCAUGGGAACGACGCCAAUUGCACUUAUGGCUAGCAGGGAGACGCGAAACAGGGCCACGCGCCGUGGAAGGCCCACCGAAAUUCCUUUCUGAUGGUCAUAGCCACAUCACCUCCUAUGGCCUUAGGAGGUUAGGCUUGACCUUGAACCCAUCAAAAGUAUUUCAACAUUUUUUUUUUUUUUUUACAAAUCUAUCCUUUCAAAAUUCAUAGAUUUUCACACCGUUAAAAAUUUGGCAACUAUUCUCAGACUCAAUAGGUACAUCAAUGGCAAGUAUACACUUUUGUUUACAUAGUGCUAAGUGUGCUUUGGGGAAAAGUUUUUGCUUCUUUUACUUGGUAACAAUUUAGGUGCUCUGUAUCCCUUCAGACUCGUACUAUAGCUAGGUCAUGAUUUCUCAAUGGACUCAGAGCUCUCAGAAGAGGCGACUCGGAUGCAGGUGGCACUCUCUCUGUGAAACUGCAUUCCGGACGGAGGCGGCAGCGGAAUGCGCCUCAAGCCAGAGCUCGGCAUCGACACGUUUCUUCUGAGAUGCUCCAUUCACUUCAUGCCCUCGGUGUUUAUGUUGUGCUUUUUGUUGGGCCCGAGGAGGUUCUUUUAUUUUUUAUUAUUAUUAUUACUUUUUUUUUCUUUUGGAAGAAAUGAUCAAUCUGAAAGAACAACUCAUUUUUAAAAACCAAACAUUUCACUGCUCAAAAACAUGUAGCAACUGAGGCGUGCACUCUUUCCAGAUGGCGAGAAAUAUUUUGUUCUAUGAGUUAAACCUUGUUUGAGUAAAGGGGAGGUUACUAUUUUAAGACCUCAAGUUUUUAUCUCACUAAUAUUCAAAACUAGGAAUUAUCAUGCAUGCAUGAUGAGGAAGUUCAAAAGUUACAGAUGAUCCUGUAUUGAAAACCACAUCAUUGUGUUACAUGGCACAGUAAGUGUGAGGCUCUAUUUUUUUUCCCUCAGCACAAGGAAUCAGUGGAGAUCUCUUGUUUUAUUGUUCAGAAGAGAUCUCUUGUUUUGUUUUUUCGCUGGACAAGCUUUAGAGUUCUUAAAGAGCUACAGGUGUGUUAUUUUGACGAAUUCAAUAAUUAGCAGCUUUAGAGUUGCCUUUUCCCAAAAGAGGAAUAUAAUUUAGCAAUGUGAUUUUUAAGAGAAGGUUCCUAUCAUUCUCAUUGGGGACUAAGGCUACUUACUCAAGCUGGGGGGGUUCUAGUAUAGUGGAUGCCCUGGGGCAAGCAGCACACAUAUCCUGGAUGCACAAUUGGCUGCAAAGGGGGAUUUGUUUGUGGAUUUACACUCCAAGUGUUGAGUGAUUUGUGAUGAAGUCAGGAAUUCUGCUCUGCUCUUCUGGAAAGUUUCUAUGGUACUCAUCCUCUCUUCUACUGGGACUCAUCAAGCCACUGAUUUUUUAAAGUUCAAAUUGAUUUUAAUUAUGCUUUUAUAAAGAAUGCAGAGUUAUUCUCUUGAAUGUUUUAUUAGAUUAUAAUAAACAUAAUUUUGUGACUGGUGUUUGAAAUAACAGAACUUCAAGACAAGUACACAUUCUUCUAAAAUGUGAGUCUGUUUUAAAUGAUUCAAUAAAAUUUUAAAAAGAGAAAUUA